AUGCAAGCGCCGCAACAGGACAAUGAGGUCCCGGACCUUCACGAUGAUCUCGUUCGAAAAUAUAAGAGACACGGCGCUAAAAUCCAGCAAAUCUGGAGGGAGUUCAAUGUAGGCCAGCGCGCGAAUUGUGUGAAGGCUGGAGUGAUGGAUGGCGUCUUGUUAAGACACUCGAGAGAUACUUCCCUAGGCAAUCUUUACGCGAUCAUUCCCGAAUGGAACUUAUGCGACUUGACUGAACAACCCGAACAUUUUCUAAGCAUGCUAGAGUAUCGCGCCAAGAACACACUCGAGGAACAGUUCUUGAAGGGACCUAACGGCGGUGAGGGCGAUAGCGGCAUCAUCAAUAAGAGCAUGCGGACCCGGAACCUAAGUCCUGUUACGUCUUACAAAGACUCUUACAUCCUGUUUUACAACGGGAGACAUUACGGUUUUCCUGUUCAUUUACCCGAAAACGACGAGGAAUCCUCGCGUCGAUUCGCUCCAGCGAAAAGAGCAGGACUGUUGCCACCAAGAGCCACUGGCGAGCUGGUUUUGCGACGUCAGACCGACUUGCUGCGGUCACUCAACAUCCUCAUCGACGAUGUCCUGGAGCAGGGCUCAAAGGUGCGAAGCGAGACCCAGCGCCCAAAGCAUUCCGAGGAAACAGCCACUGAGACAUUCUCAAAAUUGAACAUCAGUGAAUCACCCGCCAAGCUUUCCCUGACCGAUCUCGUCACCGCUGCUCGCGACCAGGCGGCGUCUCUCAAGGAACGCCUAGAGUUGUACUCAGAGCCGGUUGUCCUUUCCCACGACGUUAACUUCUGGUUCUUCAGUCGCCCGGAGCUUCUUCCAGACGAAAAAGGACGUCGGCUGCCGCUGGUUUCCGACAAGUACAUCAGUGCUAGUGUCUUCGACGCCGUCCAUAACGCCGUCAAGAUAGCAGCCUUAUGGAGCUACAUCCAACAGCUUCUCGAACGUUUUGAAAGCCUGAACAAAGACAAGGCCCACAGAAUGAUUCUGUUACAGGAGAUAGCCAACGCCGCCCAGCUCGCAUACGCCUCCGCCCGGUCCCUAUUCAAGCGGUAUAUCCAAGUAUAUUCGGGCAGCAGGUGGUACAAGCGGAUUUCCAAUGCGUACGACGACGCCGGCAACGCGCGCGUGACGCUCAAAGGCAACCCAGGCGACUUGACAAGGAGCGAUCCUCAACUUCACUACAUACUCCGCCUUUGUCACCCUGACACCACUGCCUCCAAAGCUGUCGAUUGGCUGAAGAAGUUGGGCGAUCUUCAUCAGGCCUACCCUCAAGAGCGAGAGAACUUGGUCGAAAGCGAGUUUGAGUCUCUCUGUGAUCUGGCCACUACUGUCGCCUUCAUUCAAGAUGUUACCAGAACGAUCUCGGCGCCGGCUCCGUCCCGCAAAAGGGGGCAAUUAUUCGUCUCCAGAUCCCAAGAGCUGGAAACGGAACUGAACAAGCUCAAGACAGGCCUUGAUUUGAGGGACUUUGCUGUACCUAUCGACAACCUUUUGGAGCCUGGCAUGACCGAGGCCGCUCUGAAGACCCUCGACCAGUUUGUCGUCGAUAAUGCUGGUGCAAAGCUCGGUGUGCUAUAUGAAGAUCUCGUUGACGAGUGUUUCUCCGACCUUGAGAACCAGUACGAACAGUACAAGGCCAAGAUCGAGCAAGGCCACAAGGAGUGGACACCCGUCGCGGUGCCUGCUCCCGAGCCGCGAGAGGCCUUGGUUGAGCAGCGGAAGCAGAAGGAAAAGACUCGCCCUGCUCACAUGUCUGCCUAUGAGAUCGGUCCUCCAGCUGAGGCUACAAUUACAGAACCAGCCAACGAGAAGCAGACGUUCAAGGUCACACCGGCGACCGCCGAGGUUUUCAAUACCCUCUUCAACAAGUCCGAGUCCCGAGGUGCGGUGAACUGGACGGCGUUCGAAGGCGCAAUGGCGGAGCUUGGAUUCUCAGUUCUGCCCAAGUACGGUUCGGUCUUCACUUUCAUACCGCCUGCGAGUAUGGCAUUCAAGUGGUCUUUAACUGUCCAUCGGCCUCACAAGUCCCAGAUUGAAGGAUACAUGACGCUAGUUUACGCUCGGCGACUCAAGAGGGUGUAUGGAUGGGAUGAGAGGACGUUCUUGGUAGUGUAA